AAACCUGUAGGUAGAUUUUUGUAAUUAACGAACACUUGCGCUUUUGGUACUUGGUUUUGAUGCCGUGGGUUUAAUUGUGAACCGACUGACGCCCCGCCCAAUUUCCCCCGGUUCAUUGCAAUUGAUUUAAUUAACACAUACAUGCAUAAUCAUUAAUCAGCUUGUUAUAGAAAAAUCGGUUGUCCAAGUUCAAUUUUUUGUGCCCUAGAAGAAGAAAUUUAGGGGGAAAAAUGUCGGGGAUGGGAGACGGUUAUGUGGGCACGGCCCAGGACGGCGUCAGAAUCCGACGGCUAGAAAAGCAGAGAGAAGCAGAGAGGCGAAAAAUUCAGGAGCUGAAGAACAAAACUGCUUCUUCUAAAGGUCAACCUGGUCUACUUCAAUUUGGGUCCAGUACAUCCGAGAUUCUUGAGACUGCCUUUAAAAAGGAAACCGUGGGUCUUGUCACUAGGGAGCAAUAUGUUGAGAAGAGGGUUACUAUCAAAACCAAGCUUGAAGAGGAAGAAAAGGAGAAGCUUCAGAAGUUGCAACAAGAGGAGGAAGAGCUCCAGUUACAAAAGCUUAAGAAGAGGAAGAUAAAGGCUGACCCUCGACUCUCUUUUUGUGAUGAAUUGGAUAAUGGCAACGAAGAUGAAGACGAGGAUAAUAAGAAUGACGAAUCUGACAAGCGCGUGUGGAGAAAAUUUGGGAAAGAUCCUACAGUAGAGACCAGCUUCUUGCCGGACAGUGAGAGGGAGGCGGAGGAACAAGCCGAACGUGAAAGGCUCCGGAAACAGUGGCUGCGCGAGCAGGAGCUAAUCAAAAAUGAGCCUCUACAGAUCACUUACAGCUAUUGGGACGGAACAGGCCAUAGACGGGUGAUCCAGGUGCGGAAGGGUGAUAGCAUCGGGGAGUUUCUUCGGGCAGUUCAGCAGCAGCUUGCGCCCGAGUUUCGAGAGGUUCGAACUACUUCAGUGGAGAAUCUUCUUUAUGUGAAAGAAGAUCUAAUCAUUCCUCAUCAACACAGUUUCUAUGAGCUGAUUAUAAACAAAGCCAGGGGAAAGAGUGGACCGCUUUUUCACUUUGAUGUCCAUGAAGAUGUGCGGACCAUUGCUGAUGCUACUAUAGAGAAGGAUGAGUCCCAUGCUGGAAAAGUUGUAGAGAGGCAUUGGUAUGAAAAGAACAAGCACAUAUUUCCAGCUUCUCGGUGGGAGAUAUAUGACCCUACAAAGAAGUGGGAGCGAUAUACAAUCCACGGGGAUUAAGUGUAGUCGGGUAGCUGAUUUCAUCUUCAUCGCCUGUAUUGCUAUUUUUCACCAUCAUUUGACAUGAUAAAGAGAGAAGGGCAUGAGUUGUAGUUUUUACUUGUAUGAUGCUUGUCCAAGAACAAAGGGAGUGCUGUUGUAUUUCUUCUACUAUUAAUAUAUUUUUCCUUUUUGCAUUAAGAACUCCCAUUCUAGAUAAUUAUUGUACUGAAAUCUGUUUAGUGUUUGUGUUUCUUCUUCUUCUA